AUGUACACCGGAGGCUAUACCAGCGGCAAAUGUGCACUGGUACAAAGACGAUANUUUGAAUUUCCACGCGAAAAGCUUAAAUUGGGCAAACAAUUGGGCGCUGGCGCCUUUGGUGUGGUUUUGAAGGCGCAUGCUGAGGGCAUACGACCUGAUGAAAAGGAGACUGUGGUGGCUGUGAAGAUGGUGAAACGCAUAGCGGAUAAUGAGGUGAUGCGCGCUUUGGUCACGGAAUUGAAAAUUAUGGUACAUUUGGGACCAAAUUUGAAUGUUGUGAAUUUGUUGGGCGCCGUCACAAAGAAUAUCGCACAACGUGAACUGAUGGUUAUUGUGGAAUACUGCCGAUAUGGUAAUGUGCAAAACUUCUUACUGCGCAAUCGCAAACGUUUUAUAAAUCAAAUCCAUCCGGAGACUGACAAAAUCGAUCCGACCAUUACAAAGCAACGCUUCUCGGAUAAUUUCGAAUUGAAUCGGUAUGGCAACGCUUUGUGCAAAUAUGUAUUAGUUACUGGUAUAUAUCAUAGUGUAAAUAGUUUUUUUUUUAAUAUGGCAUGUCGCAGUAAUAUUUAGCUUUUUUUGUUUACCUUUUGUUUGUUUUAACACUGUAUUUAAAAACGCUUACAUAUUACUAACCCGAUAUAAGCUUUCAUAAAGUCCAAUUUAACAAUGAGACAUACAGGUAAUCUCUGCCAUUUAAAAGCUUCUCAGUAAAAAUCAGCUUAAGUUUCUCGUAACUUAGACUAAAUCUUCAGGUUGUUUCCCUUUUCAACCCUCCUCAAAAUAUUUUCAAACUAAGACCUUCUUAAAAUUCUUUCGUCUAACAUCCGUAUUGUGAGACAUAUUUCAGUUACCCAAGCAGACGUUUUAAACAGUUGGCAACCCUUCUUCAUGUAGUCUACAUGAAGCCUUUCAAAGCCAUUUCGAUUGAUACCCAUUUUGUAAUGCAUAAUUGAUUUUACUUACAAAAUAAUUUC